AUGAUGCUACCCAACCCAAGAUCUCAAACCAUUGUUGCUGCUGAAGGAGCUAGCCAAACCCAGAUCUCCAACAUUGAUGCAGCAGAAGAUGAUUUCUCAAACCAGGCGGCAGCUGAAAAUGGUAACCAAACUGAAAACUCAAACCAGACCACUGAUGAAGGAGUUGUAGCUGAUGAUGGCAGCCAAGCCCAGAUUAGGAACCAGGUUUCAGGUGAAGAUAGUAGCCAAACUGAGAUCUCAAACCAGGUGGCAGCUGAAGAUGGUACCGGAACUGAGUUCAAACUCAUGGAUGUUAGUUUUUACAGGGCUGCAGCAGAAAGCAAUAUCAACAUCCUAAAGCAUAUUUUAGAACAGGAUGGUCCAGUAGUUCAGUUAACCCACAAAAAGAACACAGUCCUCCAUAUUGCAGCCCAAUUUGGUCAACUCCACUGUGUUAAUUUGAUCCUUCAGUUUCCUUCAUUUUCAUCUCUACUGCUACUGCCUAAUCUGAAAGGGGACACUCCUCUUCACCUUGCAGCAAGGGAAGGGCAUUGGGUGGUCACACAAGCUCUUAUUCAAGCUGCAAAAGCACUUCCCAGCGGAAGUGGGAUUGGAGUAGAUAAAAUGAUACUGAGGAUGACAAAUAAUGAGAAUGAUACAGCCUUGCAUGAGGCAGUGCGAUAUAAUCACCCUGAUGUGCUGAAGUUAUUGAUCCUGGAAGAUCCAGAUUUCAUCUAUGGUGCCAAAUUUUCUGGUGGAACCCCUCUUUAUAUGGCUGCCGAGAGAGGAUUCCACGACUUGGUGCAAGUAAUCAUAGACAACACUCGCACCUCACCUGCUCACAGUGGCCUCAUGGGUAGGACGGCUCUGCAUGCUGCUGUGAUUUGCAAUAAUGAAGAUAUGAUGAAGAAAAUACUUGAAUGGAAGUCAGAUCUAACAAAAGAAGUUGAUAACAAUGGGUGGUCUCCACUACAUUGUGCUGCAUAUCUGGGUUAUACUUCAAUUGUGAGGCUAGAGAAAUGUGACAAGAGUGUAGUCUAUCUUAGAGUAAAAAAUGAGAGCAUAACAAGACAACUCUUCAUAUUGCAGCCAGCUGUGGCAAUAUAG